CACACCACCGCCCCGGAUCCCCGUCCAAACCGCACGUUCAGCCCGUCAAUCAAGAGCCCGGCUCCCGUUCUAUCCAUCCCACCGCAUCCCGUUUUCCAACAGUCAAUAUGCCUCCCAAGAAGUCCUCUUCCGCGGCCUCCAAGAAGGCCCCCGCUGUCGCGCCCGGCCACGCCUCUUAUGAAGCUAUGAUUACCGAUGCUAUCAUCGCUCUCAAGGAGCGUUCUGGUAGCAGCCGUCAAGCCAUCAAGAAGUACGUCAGGGCCAAUAACAAGCUCAAUGUCACCGAUGCCGCUUUCAACAGCCACAUCAACCGCGCUUUGAACAGCGGUGUCGAGAAAAACGUUUUUGACCAGCCCAAGGGUCCCUCCGGCCCCGUCAAGCUGAAGAAGAACGAGACCAAGGCCUCGCCUCCCGCGGCCAAGAAGGAGACUCCCAAGAAGGAAGCUGCCGCCGCCACCACCAAGAAGACUACCGCAAAGACUGAAAAAGCCCCUGCCAAGAAGGCGGCCCCCAAGAAGGCCGCUCCCAAGAAGGCUGCCGAAACCAAGAAGGCUGCUCCUAAGAAGGCCGCCGAGACCAAGAAGGCGGCCCCCAAGAAGGCGGCUACUAAGAAGGCUGCUCCCGCUAAGCCUAAGGCUAACGCUGGUCGUCCCCGCAAGGCUGCUCCCGCUGCCCCUGCCGUUGAGGACAAGCCUGCUACCGUUCUUGGAAAGACCAAGUCCGGUCGUAUCACGAAGACGACGGCUCCCGUCGCCGCGGCCAAGCCUGCUGCGAAGCGGGCUGCUUCGACAAAGGCGGCUGCCGGCAAGAAGGGCACGCCGAAGAAGGCGACGCCCAAGAAAGCGGCCGCUUAAGGCGAGGCUAAUGUUUUGGAUUCCUUGCACCUCUUCACGACAGGUUUUUUGGUACGAAGCUUUGGGCGACGGCGUCAGGGAAUCGAGGCGGGCGAGCAGAUGUGUGAUAUCCUCGCGAGAUGAGUUGUCAUGACCGGGUCUCCUUUUGCGUAUUGGGAGUUUUGGGGGGUUUCAGUGCUACUUUAUUCUGGCGUUUCGCGAGGGCUUGGGGCGGGGCGGGCGGACGGGAGUCUUGCAGGCUGAAAGGUACCGUGGUAGAAAACGAAGAGUAUUCUCAUGCAACAUGUUUCAGGACACGCAAUAAUA